UGGACAACUGAUAAUUUAGUUGAACAAGUAGUUGACCAUGCUAUACUAAUAUUUAAACGAACACAUCCUGAUAAGAUCACUCUAUUCAUGUUUGAUCAUAGCUGCAAUCAUAGUUUAUUUGCUAAAGAUAUCCUUUUGGUUACACAAAUGAGUAUGAGAGAUAGUACAAAAAAGCCACUUCUUCAUAAUGGUGUAAAACCUGAUA